AUGACUCAACAAAACGUCCCGACAGCGCGGAAUGCGACCCGCGGGGAAGCUUAUCUAAGCUGUUAUCUUAUCAAUGAUUAUCUUGGGUACCUACGCAGUUUGGCGCCAAAUGAGGCAUGGCGCCAGGGGUCCCAAGGGAGCUCGCCGGGCGGCGGGUGGCUUCCCACUCGAGUGGAGCGCGUCUGGACCUGGAUAAGCUUCUUUGAAUCUUCUCCCCAAUUCCCGUUUACUUCACCCCGAGGUAUCGUCGCAACAGAAACACCUUUUCUUGCUGUGUUGAUUUGCUUCUGCCGAAUUCACUACGUGUCGACCCCGCAACGUCCAACUCGACCACUAUUCCAUUCCUUCUUUGCCACUGGCGUGUUCUCAAAAGUGUCAAAGGCCACGGUUGCGCUUCCACUGUUCCCCGAACAUCACCUUUUUCCACCCUUUCUUCUACCAACCAUACUCGCGCACAUAAAAACAAGCUCUCGAUCGCUUGGCAUCGCCUUGACUGCCACGGACUCUGCUCCACCCCGCCCUCGACCCUGUCUAGGUGGUCUUCGCUGGACAGACAAAGAACCUUUUCCUUUGCUCACGACUCCCGACUUGUCGCAUAAAGUCUUUUUUUCCUUUCUCCCAAACCACCUCUCACGUUUCGACACAGCCGCUCUCAACCGAAACCUCGAAUUCUACUGCGUACUAGCAUUGCGCCGCAAGCUCCAACCGAGACACUCCUCAACUACCAGCCAAGCACAAAUGAGCGUCCGAACACGCCGAAACAAGUCCGUCAAGCGAAAAGCUUUGGCUGAUUUAGCUGUAGACACAGACGGCACGAACGGUCAAGCCAACGGCGGGAUGAACCAGAACAACGUUGAGUUCCGGCGGAAGGCGACGACUCCCGGCUCCGACACCGUGACCGCGAACCUGAUGUCGCGCGAAUCCUUCACCCUCGACGACCCCGUCCCGAAGACACCCAUCGCCAAUAAUCAUGGCUUCUUCGAGUUGCCGUUGCAGGAUCAGAGGAAUUUCCUCCUGCUGGUGCUCCUGUACUUCCUACAGGGUGUGCCCAUGGGUCUCGCGGGUGGUUCGGUUCCCUUCCUAAUGAAGGACCACAUGUCGUACAGCGAGAUCGGAAUCUUUAGUCUAGCUUCAUACCCAUACUCGCUGAAGCUUCUCUGGAGUCCCAUCGUUGAUGCGGUUUGGAGUCCCAAGGUUGGACGCAGAAAGAGCUGGAUUCUUCCCAUUCAGCUGCUUUCAGGACUGGGUAUGCUCUGGCUCGGGUCUACUGUCGAGAACAUGAUGGCCAACACCGGCAAGCCCGGAGGUCCUACCGUGUGGAACUUCACCGGCUGGUGGUUCUUCCUCGUCUUUAUGUGCGCCACGCAAGAUAUCGCCGUAGACGGCUGGGCUUUGACUCUCCUGACGCCCGGCAAUGUGUCGUAUGCAUCCACUGCACAGACCGUCGGUCUCACUGCCGGCCACUUCCUAUCCUACACGGUGUUCUUGGCCUUCAACUCCAAGGACUUUGCAAACCGCUACUUCCGCAGCUCUCCCCUGGAUCACGGUCUCAUGUCGCUUGGCGGAUAUCUGACUUUCUGGGGCUGGGCGUACAUUGCCAUCACCAUUGGGCUCUCUCUCUUCAAGCGUGAGGAGAGAACCAAGAAUGAGGAUGGCAUUUGGGAUGUGUACAAGAUCAUGUGGGGCGUUCUCAAGUUGAAGAAUAUCCAGACCAUUAUCAUUGUUCAUCUCAUUGCUAAGAUUGGCUUUCAGGCCAAUGACGCAGUCACCAACCUGAAGCUCAUUGACAAGGGAUUCGGUCAGGAGAACAUGGCCCUGACGGUCCUCAUCGAUUUCCCUUUUGAAAUCGCGCUUGGCUACUACGCUGGCAAGUGGUCUCAGGAAUACACCCCUAUGCGCCUAUGGUGCUGGGGCUUCAUGGGCCGCCUCGUUGCUGCUCUGAUCGCUCAGUUCACCGUCACCAUUUUCCCGGCCGGCGGCGUUACUCCUUGGUACAUGCUGGUCGUCAUUGGCGAACACGUCUUCUCGACCUUUACAAACACGGUCAUGUUUGUCGCCGUCUCUGCUUUCCACGCUAGAAUCGCAGACCCUGUCAUCGGCGGUACCUACAUGACUCUCUUGGCUACCGUCUGUAAUCUUGGCGGCACGUUCCCGCGCUUCUUCGUCUUGCGUCUGGUCGACUACUUCACCGUCGCGACCUGCAAACCUGGCAACCCCGCGGAUCUGAACGCCCUGAAGGGCCCUGUCAUCACCGACCCCUUCUCUUGCUCCCUGCAGCCAGACAAGGAGAAGUGUGUCAACGGUGGCGGCACGUGUGAGAUGGUGCGUGACGGAUACUACUUUGUCAACAUCAUCUGCGUCGUCUUUGGCGUGGUGACGUUCAUGCUCUACAUCCGACCUAGAGUUCUGCAUCUGCAGUCACUCCCCAUGAGAGCCUGGCGUUUGGCGCCGUCGACGUCUAAAUAA